AUUAUGAAUUAUCGUGACAAAACGAAAUAAAUCAUUACUUGAAUAGUUCAACGGCUCAACCUUUAGCGGUUGGCGCGCCUUGAAACUUUCGUGGACAAUUAUUCUAUCACCAUCUCAACAAUAUUUCUCGAUCACCGUCACAAAACCCUCACUACACUCCCCAAAAAACGCUCCUACUGUAACUACCUUCUCUCUCGUGAAUUUCUAUUCUACUCAAACACCAUGACAGGAGGAGGAUUGCACAGAAUCAUAGGCUGUUUUGGCGACUGCUCCGGAACCACCACUCAAACUCAUGGGGAUGUAAAUGACAAUCUUCAUUGUGGUGGACUAGUUCGAAGAGAAAACGAUAGCCUUACCAUGCCACCUGCCAGGGUCCAACUGCACAGUCUUGAUCGUCAUGUGGUGAUGGACAAUGGCAUACUUCAAGUCACGUUGUCAAAACCGGAGGGUAUUGUCACUGGAGUACAAUAUGGUAGCAUUAACAACGUGCUUGAAGUUCUUAACAACGAAUCUAACAGAGGGUACUGGGAUCUUCACUGGACUCCACCUGGUGGAAAAGGAAUAUUCGAUGUGAUCAAAGGAACAGAUUUUAGGGUUAUAGUUCAUACUGAGGAGCAGGCUGAGCUGUCCUUUACCAGAAUGUGGGAUCCCUCCCAAGAGUGGAAGUACAUUCCUCUGAAUAUAGAUAAAAGGUUUGUAAUGCUUCGUGGUUCCUCGGGUUUCUACUCAUAUGCCAUUUAUGAGCACUUGAAGGAGUGGCCUGGAUUUGAUCUUGGUGAAACGAGGAUAACUUUCAAACUUAGAAAGGACAAGUUUCAGUACAUGGCCAUUGCAGAUAAUAGGCAAAGAUUCAUGCCCCUGCCUGAUGACCGGUUAGCGGGAAGAUGCCAAGCCCUAGCCUAUCAGGAAGCUGUCCUACUUGUCAAUCCCAAGGCACAAGAGCUCAAAGGAGAGGUGGAUGACAAGUACCAAUAUUCGUGUGAGAACAAAGAUAUCCAGGUCCAUGGGUGGAUAUCUUUCAAUCCUCCAGUGGGAUUCUGGCAAAUAACACCCAGCAAUGAGUUCCGAACUGGUGGGCCCCUGAAACAGAACUUAACAUCACACGUUGGUUCUACCACCCUUGCAAUGUUUCAUAGUUCACAUUAUGCGGGAAAAGAUCUUGUGCCAAGAUUUGAAGCUCAUGAGCCGUGGAAGAAAGUUUUUGGCCCUGUUUUCAUCUAUCUUAAUUCUGCAUCAAGUGGAGCUGAUCCUCACUGGUUAUGGGAGGACGCAAAAAUACAGAUGAUGGCUGAAGUGCAAAGCUGGCCAUAUUGUUUUCCUGCUUCAGAGGAUUUCCCCAAGGUAGAAGAUCGGGGGAGUAUAUGUGGUAGACUACUAGUCCGAGAUAGUUAUGUCGGCAAGGACUAUAUUUUGGCAAAUGGUGCUUAUGUUGGUUUGGCGCCACCAGGAGAGGUUGGAUCAUGGCAAAGAGAAUGCAAGGGUAUUUUAAGGGAUCACCUAAGUGAUCAUAUUGUUAAUGUUCAAAACCUUAUGGAAAUUGUGCUUGCUAUGAAUCAGGACUACCAAUUCUGGACCAGGUCAGAUGAAAAUGGCUAUUUCUUUAUAAAGCAUGUACGAGCUGGUAACUAUAAUCUUUAUGCAUGGGUCCCUGGUUUUAUUGGAGAUUACCGUGGUGAUUUUGGCGUUACCAUAACGUCAGGCUGUGAUAUUGAUAUGGGUGAUCUUGUAUACGAGCCUCCAAGAGAUGGACCCACACUAUGGGAGAUAGGCAUCCCUGAUCGCUCUGCUGCAGAGUUUUAUGUCCCUGACCCUGACCCGAAGUAUAUCAAUAAACUUUUUGUUAAUCAUCCUGACAGGUUUCGGCAAUAUGGUUUGUGGGACAGAUAUGCAGAUAUAUAUCCUGAUGAGGAUUUGGUUUACACGGUUGGUGUUAGCAACUAUAGCAAAGAUUGGUUUUUUGCUCAGGUUGUCAGGAAGAAAGGUGAUAACCUCGUAGGAACUAGCUGGCAAAUUAAAUUCAAACUUGAGAAUGCAGAUCGCAAUGCUACCUACAAACUGCGAGUGGCUCUUGCAUCUGCAACUCUGGCAGAAUUACAGGUUAGAGUUAAUGAUCCAAACACAAAACGCCCUCUGUUUUCAAGCGGACUGAUAGGGAGGGACAAUUCGAUUGCAAGACUCGGGAUUCACGGGCUCUACUGGCUGUAUAAUGUGAAUAUACCAGGCACUCAACUUGUUGAAGGGGAGAACACCAUCUUCCUCACGCAACCAAGAUGCACCAGCCCUUUUCAAGGUAUUAUGUAUGACUAUAUUCGUCUGGAAGAGCCUCCCCGUUCGAAUUCCAUGCAGGAUCCUUCCUGUUCAUCUUAGUGAAGUUUUUAUGUGGAGACAUGAGUUGAUUUAUGGAUAGUUAUACGAUAUCUACAUGUAUAUAUAGAUAUAAUCAUAUAAAUCUGGAGAUUUCACAACUAGACAGCCAAUGACAUAUUUAUGGGCACUUUUGCAAGAU